AUGAGUUUAUUUACAACUACUGGUGGAGGUUUCUCCCCGAGGAGGGUAUCACCAGUCAUUAGUCAGCACUUCUGUGUUUACAAUUAUCAUUGUACAACUACUGGUGGAGGUUUCUCCCCGAGGGUAUCGCAAGCCAUUAAUCAGCACUUCUGUGUUUACAAUUAUCAUUAUACAACUACUGGUGGAGGUUUCUCCCCGAGGGUAUCACCAGCUAUUAAUCAGCACUUCUGUGUUUUCAAUUAUCAUUGUACAACUACUGGUGGAGGUUUCUCCCAGAGGGUAUCCCCAGCCAUUAGUCAGCACUUCUGUGUUUACAAUUAUCAUUGUACAACUACUGUUGGAGGUUUCUCCCAGAGGGUAUCACCAGUCAUUAGUCAGCACUUCUGUGUUUACAAUUAUCAUUGUACAACUACUGGUGGAGGUUUCUCCCCGAGGGUAUCACCAGCCAUUAUUCAGCACUUCCGUGUUUACAAUUAUCAUUGUACAACUACUGGUGGAGGUUUCUCCCCGAGGGUAUCACCAGCUAUUAGUCAGCACUUCUGUGUUUACAAUUAUCAUUGUACAACUACUGGUGGAGGUUUCUCCCAGAGGGUAUCCCCAGCCAUUAGUCAGCACUUCUGUGUUUACAAUUAUCAUUGUACAACUACUGGUGGAGGUUUCUCCCCGAGGGUAUCACAAGCUAUUAAUCAGCACUUCUGUGUUUACAAUUAUCAUUGUACAACUACUGGUGGAGGUUUCUCCCAGAGGGUAUCCCCAGCCAUUAGUCAGCACUUCUGUGUUUACAAUUAUCAUUGUACAACUACUGGUUGAGGUUUCUCCCCGAGGGUAUCACAAGCUUUUAGUCAGCACUUCUGUGUUUACAAUUAUCAUUGAUAUGGUCAUAAUGACACAAAUAUAAACUGGGUGUAUCUUGCUUGUACAGUCUCUCAUAUAUCUUUUAAGAUUGGCACAUACAAUGUGAAUUUAAAGUUUGUUGUUAUAUAAUGUAUGUUUUAUGUACCUGUAUGAUAUUUUAUUGUGUAAAUAAUAUAUGUAAUUGUAUGCGGUGAGACUUUAAUAAAAUAUUGAAUCUGAAUCUGAAUCUUGUGACUGGGUUAUGUGUGUUGACCUUCAACCACACACACAUACGACUAGUCUGCACCGACUCUGAAGUCUGCACCGACUCUGACUCUGGGACUAACUCUUGCAACAAAUGACGACUCUGGUUUCUGUGAUAUAUGAUUUAAUACAAAAUGUAGUUCAGCAUGGAAUACAAUUGUACAAUUGGAAUUGCUCAGUGACAUAGUAUAUCCAAUCUGUCAUAUUGAAAUGAUAAAACAAUUUACAUAACAAACUAGCUAAUUGAAAAACAAACUGAAACAUGAAAUAAGAUUAGCUUGACUUAAACCUUUCACGAUACAAAUUAACAAAAUCCCUGAGAAAUAUUUAAUCAACAAGAAAAAUAAUGAUUUUACGAAAUUAUGUUACAAAUGUCCGAAAAGUCUCAAUAUCAAAUUUUAUCCAUUUUUUCACUGACACAAUAAUCAUAAAUUAACUAUUAAUAAAACUUUCAAUUUUUUUUAAAUACUAAGGAUCGUUUAUCCCAAGAAUA